AUGAGUGUCACGCUACCCAUUCGGACGUCUGGUGAUGCGUCCUCGAGUCCACCAAAAUCCAAUGGACUCCCCCACUUAUCGCCUGCUCCGUCAAUCUCCCAGAAACCGUCCCCAAGAAGCUCCCAGACAUCGGCGCGACGUUCUGGAGACCAGCGCGCUUCGCUACCGAAAACGAAACGCCGACGGUGCAAAUCACAGUAUCCCCGCGACUCUCCCGAGCGUCAUGUCGAGUUCAUCCUCGUUGCCUCCUUCCAUAUUGACCGCGGUCCAAUCAUGGAGCAUCAGUACCCAGGUCCUAUUAGCAGUGAUGAGAGCAUGUUGGCGGAACUUAUGCUGCCAGACCAAACGCACGUCCGAAGUCAGGAUUGGACAAUGUUCUUCCUGCACAAGGAUAGCGGUGCAGAAGGAGAGGAAGAGGAACGGGCCGGGACCAAGAAGAAGAAGAAAAAGAAGAAGAGGAAGGAUGAUCUAGCAGAUGCAACCUCCGACGAUGGAGAGGGCGAGAACGACUUGGGUGGAGUGUCUGAGGAGAUAACAGAAGGCGAACAGAGCAGCGAUGAGGAAGACGGCGGCGAAGGCCCUCCGUUGAUGUAUGUCCUCAACCUGGUCAAUACAAAGCAGGAUAAUACGGUCAAACGAGGCGCUGUGGUCAAGGCAAUGGCUAUUUGCACUCGGCAUUCUUUUCUUCAUAUUUACAAACCCAUUCUUCUGUUAGCCCUAGAGGACUAUUUCAAGUCGCCGUAUCCCGAAACCCUCGAAACCUUAUAUAAUGCUGUAAAUGCCAUGGACUUGUCGUUGAUGCCCAGACUAAACCUCCUCGAACGCCAAAUCCUACAGGCCAGCAACAGCAAGGACAUGUUCAUUGAAAAGUUCGAACAGAUGAUUGAACAGCGGCGGGCAGAGGACGACGAGCUCACCGAAACAGAUGAAGACAACCCUCCAUCCCCCAAGAAACCCUCCGCUUCCCCACGCUACAUACUUCCCCGAGAUACACACGAGUUCGAGUCCAAGAUUAUCUAUCACGACAUCCCCAUUCCGGUCAAGGUACCGACAGUCAUCUGGCCGGAGAUUGUUGGGGAUUUCUCGCUUGUCAAGCUCAUCCAGAUCUUCUCCGCGCCGCAUGCUGCAACACCACAACCGUUUCCACUCCACUCCCACUUGACCACUAGCGGCGCGUAUACACAUCCAAUUAUUGUCCUCGUUAAUGCCAUGUUAACGCAAAAGCGAGUGAUAUUUCUCGGCCAUAACCGUCCGUCAGGAGAGGUUGCAGAGGCGGUACUAGCUGCCUGCGCGCUGGCAUCAGGCGGAAUCCUGCGAGGGUUCACUCGUCAUGCCUUCCCUUACACAGACUUGACCAAGAUCGAUGACUUAUUACGAGUACCGGGGUUUAUUGCCGGAGUAACGAAUCCUACGUUUGCCAACCACCCCGAGUGGUGGGAUGUGCUAUGCGAUCUGCCUACGGGCCGAAUCAAAAUUAGCAACCACAUCGAACCGGCACCAGUCACAGACGGUCUGUUGUAUUUCCAGCAGCAGAGCCCAGUUAGCGUGGUUGGCCCAAAUUCGGAUCCUACCGGAGACAAUCUGUUCAUGGAAGACGUGCUACGCAGCAUCGCGAACCGCUAUGGUGAGAACGCAAUCAGAGCCAAGUGGCGAGCGUAUAUUACGAAAUUUACACGUGUUGCCGCCGCCUUUGAAGAGACGGUCUACGGCGCAUCGAAUAUAUACAUUAUCGGUCCCAACGAAGAGCUUACUCCAGAGAGCCCUAGCGGCCUACAGGCGGACCCGGCCGACCCGACAACCCUUCGCGGCCACGGCUACGUAUGGCCAGACGAAGCCGCCAAACAACGCGAACUGAUGGCCUCCGUCUCCCGGAUCGAAGGCUGGCGCACCACCCGAUCCUACUACUCCUUCAUACAAGACAUUGCAGCGAUGUACUACCCUGCGCGGCCCAUCCUCAAACCCGACCUCCACCACCACCACGACCGCCUCCGCACUCUGAAGCUUCCCCCUGCCGACGCAGGUGCCAUCUACCUCUCCUUCUCCCACGCCAUCAAAGACGACGCCGGCAUCUGCCAGCUCCUCACCGUCACCCCCGAGAGUCAGGCUGGCCUGUUUUAUCUCGCCAUGGGACUUCUCCACCCGAAUCAGACGGUCCGCGAGGCAACCGCCGACCUCCUUGAGCGAAUCGCGCUCCACCCAGCAGGCCGGCACUUCUGGGCGCAGCUCAACCGGUUCGCAAAGACGGCGUAUUUCCGCAUCAAGCGGGAAAGAGACGCUCGUGACGCGGGAUCAUUGAAGUCGGCUAGUGAUAGCUUUGGUCCGCCGCAGAGCCUAGUCGGGGUUGCGAUGAGUGGGGUGCGGUCUCAUGGGAGUUGA